AUGAGACGAACGCUGGAGGGUCUCCAAAACCCUGGUGCUCAAAGAGCCAGUGAAGAAAACCUUGUCAAUUUGGAGUACGCAGACGACAUCGUUUUCAUCUUCGAAGAAAAGGAGAAGGCGCACGUGUUUUUGGAUGAACUUAUCAAAUUCAUCCCAUCUUUUGAUAUGCACUUUGCACCCAAAAACUGUAAGGUCAUUUCCCUCCGAAGUUCCAAUGAGUAG